AACGCGAUCUUAGAUAAAGCAAAACCAUACACACCAUAACUCAACUACUUCACCUUCUUCCCACAUUGCAUUUCAUAAGACUUUUCCUCUUUAGUUUCCAACGGUUGAUUUAUGUCGCCUUAACGGCUACUUUUCGUGCCCCCUUCACGUUACAGAAUUAUAAACACACCACAUUUCAUUUCAGGGCGAGAAGUACAGAGAGAGAAGAGGAGGAAGGAAGGAUUUUGAGCACACAACCAGAUGGAUUUCAGUUCCUUUGUGACGUCCCUAGUGACGUCCUUCGUCAUAUUCCUCGUUUUGAUGCUGCUUUUCGUCUGGCUUUCCCGGAAGCCGGGGAACGCCGUCGUGUACUAUCCGAACCGGAUUCUGAAGGGUCUGGAUCCUGCAGAUGGCAGGUCCUCCAUUCGAAACCCGUUUGCGUGGAUCUGGGAAGCGUUGUCUUCUAGUGAGCAGGAUGUGCUUAACAUGUCUGGUGUUGACACAGCCGUGUACUUUGUGUUCUUGAGCACAGUGCUGGGAAUUUUGGCUUUAUCUGGUGUAAUUCUGCUCCCGGUUCUUCUAUCUGUGGCCGCAACUGAUAAUGCUGCUAACUCGAAGUCAAUUUCAGAUACUUCAAGCAAUGGGACUUUCAGUGACCUCGACAAGUUAUCAAUGGCGAAUGUCAAAGCAAAAAGUCCGAGGUUGUGGGCGUUCCUUAUAGCUACCUAUUGGGUUUCUUUUGUCACCUAUUACCUGUUAUGGAAGGCUUAUAAACAUGUUGCUGAACUGAGAGCUAAAGCCUUGAUGUCUCCGAAACCGGAGCAAUUUGCUGUUCUUGUUAGAGACUUGCCAAAUGCCCCUAAAGGUCAAAGCAGAAAAGAACAGGUGGAUUCGUAUUUUCGAGCUAUCUAUCCCGAGACAUUCUACAGAUCUCUGGUAGUCACAGCCAACAAACAGGUUAAUAAACUCUGGCAAGAAUUGGAAGGUUACAAGAAGAAGCUUGUGCGUGCAGAAGCAAUAUAUGAAGAAUCAAAGAAAGGCAAUGCAGCAGGAAUAAGACCAACAAACAAAACUGGCUUCCUUGGUCUUGUUGGUGAAAAGGUUGAUAGCAUAGAAUACUACACUGGAAAGAUCAAUGAACUAAUCCCCAAAUUGGAAGCUGAACAAAGGGCCACUGUUCGAGAGAAGCAGCAAUGUUCUGCACUAGUUUUCUUUACCAGUCGGAUGACUGCAGCUUGUGCUGGACAAAGUUUGCACGCUCAGAUGGUUGAUACUUGGACAGUUGUAGAUGCUCCUGAGCCUCGUCAACUUAUAUGGAACAAUCUCACAAUGAAGUUCUUCGACAGGCAAACACGACCGUGUGUUGUGUAUAUCAUUGUGUUUCUGACCAUAGUGUUUUACAUGAUUCCAAUAGCCUUUAUUUCUGCAUUCACAACCCUUGAUAACCUGAAGAAACUUCUCCCGUUUUUAAAGCCUGUUGUCAAUAUCGCUGCAAUCAGGACAAUAUUAGAGGCUUAUCUUCCACAGCUUGCUCUGAUUAUAUUCUUGGCUUUGUUACCCAAGUUUCUUUUGUUUCUCUCCAAGGCUGAAGGAAUUCAUUCUGAGAGCCAUGCAAUCAGGGCUGCAUCUGGCAAAUACUUUUAUUUCGUUGUGAUCAAUGUUUUCAUUGGAGUUACUGUUGGAGGAACAAUAUUUAGUACAAUCAAGACCAUUGAGAAGCAUCCGAAAUCCAUUGUCUCUUUAUUGGCCAAAAGCCUCCCAAGCAAUGCAACUUUCUUCAUCACCUAUAUUGCUCUCAAGUUUUUUGUGGGAUAUGGACUUGAGCUUUCUCGACUAGUUCCUCUGAUCAUAUUUCACCUGAAGAAGAAGUAUCUUUGCAAAACUGAAGCUGAGAUAAAAGACGCUUGGUUCCCUGGAGAUCUUGGCUAUGGAACUAGAGUUCCUGGUGACAUGCUUGUGGUCACAAUUGUCCUCUGCUACUCAGUCAUUGCUCCUAUUAUCAUUCCAUUUGGAGUGCUUUACUUUGGCUUAGGAUGGCUCAUUCUUCGGAAUCAGGCACUGAAAGUUUAUGUUCCGUCAUAUGAGAGCUAUGGAAGGAUGUGGCCGCACAUACAUAAGCGUGUGCUUGCUGCUUUGCUGCUAUACCAACUCACCAUGCUUGGUUACUUAGGUGUUAAGAAGUUCUACUAUACUGAAUUUGUAGUUGUACUUAUAGCACUAUCCUUGAUCUUUGCAUUUGUCUGUAGCAACAAAUUCUAUCCGGCCUUUCGUCAUACACCUCUUGAGGUUGUUUGCCAUGAACCGAAAGAAACGCUUAACAUGGAACAGAUAUUCAAAUCCUAUAUCCCACCAAGUUUGUGCUCCGAGAAGCUUGGAGAUGAUCAGCAAGAAGAUGCUUUCUCUCAAGGUUCAAAAUCAGUGUCGGUUGUUUGAUGUACAUUUGGUGUAUUAUUUUCCUCUUUUGACAUUUUAGUGUUCGUUUGGAUUGAAGCAGACGUUAGAAGUUUAGUACUCUGUUAACAAUAUGCUGUUGGAACCAUACAUUUUGCUGGUUAAUUUUAUCUGUAACAUAUCUUGUACGAGUGCUUUAGGGUUGUUUUGUGUCUGAACAUGUCAAUGUAUUCAUUUUCCAUGUUAAGGCAUGUUGUGCUCAGCGCUCUCUUUAC